GGAAACGGACCCGGAAACGGCUUUUUGCCCAACUACGCUGUGGAGCUCAUUGCCGCCGUCACGACGCCAAACCACCACGUUCGUCGCAUGACGAUUACGUCCAUUCGCGUCGAGCCCGACUGGGUCGAGGUUCUCGGGCCAUGGCUUGCGUCGCCACACGCUCAACACCUUUGGUUUCAGCACAAGAUCGCUCGCAGCAACGAUAGUCUCUGUCGCCUGGUCGUUGCCGCGCGCUUCCUCUCGAGUCUCGACCUCGACAUUGCGCAAGCCGGUGGCCUUCCGCCCAUCAAUGACGAUGGCCAAGCGCGGUUUGAGAACCUCUCGGCCCUGCGCGUCCAAGUGCACGACAUUGACGCACCCUUCGUCCAGGAUCUCUUCCAGCGCCUCGAUCCCCGCCGUCUGACGCACCUCACGAUCUAUUGCGAGAGCGACUUUAGCUACGUGCUGGACGCGCUUCCACGCUACACUGCGCUGCAAGAGCUCGAGUUUGGCGAAAGUCGCUUCCAUCACGUCGCGUCGUUGCCGCUCUCGGGCAUGCCAGCGUUGCGAUCGGCCAGGUUUUUCGAUGUGGGCCUCUCUGACCAAGCCGUCGACGCACUCGUGCGCCUCUUGGCGGACGCACCUGCGCUCGCGAAGCUUGUCUGGAACACCUCGAAUGAGACCGCGUACGUCCGCGCCGCCAUCGCCCGCUCGCUCCGUCACUGGAUCAAUCACGGCGUGCGCGAUAUUCAGCUCGACUUCCGCCACAUGGCCAAGAACUCGGAGCUUGCGGCCGGCCUUCGCCAUGCGGCAAGCCCGCUAGGCGCCAUUAUCAGCGUGGCCCCCAACAAUAUGGCUCCUCUGUUCAAAGCCCUUGCGACGUGCGCUGGCGUCACGCUGCAGCAGUCCUAUUACACGGGACCGCAAGACAGUUUCUACCUCGUAAUGAAGGCUCUCGCUCGCAACCUCGCCUUUGAACGGCAUCGCGAGUCUUGGCGUGUCCGCAGCCCGCCGUAUCAUGCGUAG